AUGUCUGCCAGAGACGUCUGUAUUCUAACCCUCGUGUCGGUCUCCCUCUUUAUCGGCCCUGUUGUGUCAACGGAUGCACCCGCACCUGCAACUGAAGGAGAAAGCCGCACCCUGCGCGUCCUUGUUGUGGUGGCACAUUUGCUGAGUCAGCAAUUUCCCAACACUGCAAUAGAGGCAGUGCAAAUUGCCGAGUCUGGCGAGUUUCUUAGCGAGCAUCUGAAGAAGGCUGAGACACCCGGCACCUACGACUAUGCAGCUCUAGACCCUGAGAGCAUAGAGAAAUGGGACUAUGUCAUCCUGCAGGAGGAGAGUGAGCAGGUUGCACUGGGGGGCGAGAGUGAGGUGGGCACCAGGGACGCCAUUGCCGGGCUGGCUAGAUUGGCGGCAGCGCGCGGCGCUCGAGUCGGAGUGGUUCUCACAUGGGCGUGGCUGGACGGCAGCAAUGACAAGUUCCCCUCCUUUGAGGACAUGCAGAACAAGGUGAAUGGGCGCUACGUGGAGCUGCUGCGAGCAGUGCGCGAAGACACAGGCAUUCCUGUCUUCCUGGCGCCCGUGGGCUUGGCUUGGCAGGCAGUCAGAGGCGUUCUCUCCCAGCAGGCCGCCCUGAGGCCGUCGCAGAACGGCACUGCAGUGCUUGCAAAUGCAACCAGCCCUGGAGCAAACUCAAGUGCAAAAUCCGGCGCACCCAGCGCAGCCCUUCAGCCUGCCAUUGCCCCCAGCCCCGCUGACGGCAGCAGUGCUGCACCGGCUCUGGGGCCCGAAGUUGUUGUUUCUGCCGCCAAUCCUUCGGCGGUCGCCUCGUUCCUGACCGUGCCGAAGGCCAAGGCGGCCGCGGCGGCGCGACAGCCGCAUGGGGAAGCUGCGGCGCCUGUUUUGGCAGCGCCUAAUCUGCCGCUGCUGGCCGCCAUCUGCCCCCGCCGCGCCGAGGUGCCAGCGCCCUCGCCCGCCCCAGAUCUGGCGCCGGCGGGAUUGCCCCUGACUAAUGCUGCGGUGCCUGCGCCAAAGUUGGCACCGGCGGGAACGCCUCCAGCCGCCGACGCGCCGGCGGCAGCUGCCGUGCCAGGUGGCGGCUUGGGCCUGGCGUGGACCAGCAUCUCAGCCGGCAGAAAGCUCCUCUGUCAGCCGAGAAGCGCCCAGUCGCGCUCUGUGCGGCAAGACAACGCUGUGGAGCUGGAGCAGAGCAUGCGUGGUGCUGGUGGAGGGUCCAUGACAGCUGGCAGGCGGCACAGGCUGCGAGAGGUUGGUGAGGACGAGGCAGCAGGUGCACCUGAGCCAGUGGCUGAAGCUCCUGCGCCUGGGGUGCCAGCAGAAGCCCCAGAGGACGAAGCUCCUGCGCCUGAGCUGUCAGCAGAAGUGCCAGCAGCUGAAGGUCCUGCGCCUGAGCCGCAAGCAGAAGCCCCAGAGGACGAGGCCUCUGGGCCAGCUGUCGCCGAAGCGCCUGUUCUGGGCCCUCAAGUGACAGUGCCGGAAAGUAUCAAAGGCGAGCCGGUGAGAUCAGAGAUCAGCCUGCCCGCCCGAUCGGACUCAGUGCCUUUUACCACCACACCAGGUCAAAAUGUGAGUAUUUGCAGAGUGAAGGACUUUCCGGCACGCUGGAAUACUUUCACAGAGAUUUAUGAGGAGGAUGGGAACCACCCCAGCGAGAAGGGGACCUACUUGGAAGGCCUCAUCAUUGCCAGCGCAAUAACUGGCUGCCGCAUGUUGGGGAACCCAUAUGACAGGGGCCUGGAAACAAAAUGGGUGGGCUUUCUGCAAGCACUGUCAGACGCCGUGAUGUUUGAAACGACGCCUCCAGCCUUCCCACAAGAGCUCUGGGCCCCGAAUGGCGUUCAAUGCACAUUGAAGUAA